AUGGCGAAUAUAGCAAGUUCGUUACCUUAUAUUACAAAGAGAGAAUAUGGACUCUUGCAUGAUCUUAAAUCACAGUUAUAUAAUAAACGUCUCGACGCUGCUAAGAAUCUUUACCGUCGUGAUUUAGUUUGUCAUUUUGGAUGUGUUAAUGCAAUUGAAUUUUCUAGCAAUGGCGAAUUACUCGUAUCAGGUGGAGAUGAUAGGAGAAUUAUGGUGUGGCAGUUUGGACAAGCCAUUCUUGAUCAUGGCAAGCCCGAACCUAUGAAAGCUUUACAUCAGUCAAACAUAUUUUGUUUGGGUAUUACUUCUGAUAGUCAAAAGAUAUAUUCUGGAGGAAAUGAUGAUAUUGUUAUAGUCCAUGAUCUAGAGAGUAAAAGGCCAUUGGAGGUGCUACGACAUCAGAAGGCAGUGUGCAGUUUAAGUAUAGAUCCAUUUAAUGAAUGUGUUGUCUCCACUGCCGGCAAUGAUGGCAGAUUACUGUUGUUUGAUACAAGACAAUCUGUUCAUGAAUCACUAGUGAUAUCUCGCAGCCGCAAAGCAUUCCAUGGUGUUAUGUUCCAUCCCCAGCAAGUGGGCAUGCUAGUGUCGGCUAAUGCUAGGGAUGGUGUAGCGCUGUGGGACCUCCGAUCUCCCAAGCACCCUGUGAUUCGUUACGUUGGCACCAAUGGGUCGUGCCAAAACAGUAUGAGCGUACGCUUCAACCAGACUGGCACGCAUAUACUCGCCCUGCGGCGUCGCCUGGCCCCGGUCCUAUACACUGUGCAAUCUCCGGAACCUGUCGCCGAGUUCUACCACCAAGACUAUUAUAACUCGUGCACAAUGAAGAGUUGCUGCUUUGCCGGCAGAAACGACCAGUUUGUGUUGUCUGGCUCGGAUGAUUUUAAUCUGUACAUGUGGAAGAUUCCGGAUACUGGUGGUGGAUCUGAUGCUGUGGUAAAGCCGCCUCAUAUAGUGUUGUAUGGACACAGGUCUAUUGUGAACCAGGUGCGAUACAAUUCGCAUUAUUGUCUUAUCGCAUCGUCGGGAGUGGAGAAAAUUAUAAAGAUUUGGUCGGCGCUGGAGUAUCCUAAAAUGCGUGGAACGUUGUUAGAAGAAGCACAAGGAUCUGAUAACCCCAGAGAGCUAUAUAGCCAUGAGGACUAUGUGUCACUUGUGCAUCACACUGGACAGUACCUAUCGCACAACUACGCGGAGCAGUCCACCAGCGAGGACCCUCGCAUGAUGGCGUUCUUCGACUCGCUGGUGCAGCGCGAGCUAGAGUGCCUCGCGGAGGAGACGGACUCGCUGGAUGGCACCAGCUCCGCCUCGGCGCGCCGGUCCGACGACAGCGACAGCGAUCAGAUUGUUGUAGACUUCCUACAUUUGCCGCAAAAACGGGCCACACCAAAUGGCACUCGGAAUCAAAGAUGCCCAAACAGACUAGCGCGUCUAGUCGCCUCGCGAUAUCCAAAGAGUGUGCGAUCUCAGAAACGUGGUUCUCUUAGUCGGUCGAAACUUGACUGGUCCAGGCGCAAGCAGUCGAGGGCUUGUACGAGCGUGGCCAAGCCGAGCAAAGGCAAGCGGCCGGCGCGGCGCGCGCGAGGCCUCCGCGGCCCCCGAGGCCCCCGGGCCCCAGCGCCCGCAGCCCCCGAUGCGCCCUCCAGCGAGCGCACCGACUCGGACGAGCCGGCGCACUGCUUGUACAGGACCGAGGGCAGGAUAAUUCGACCAUUAAGAAGAAGAGUAAACCUCACAAGGAGUAAUAAAAGGAAAAGUAAAGUCACUAGUUAUAGAAGAGUUAUGAAUUUAAGAAGUAAUGGAAACAUGUUGGCUCAAGAUAGUAGUGAUAACAAUAAUUUUUCCAACUUCGAUAAUUUUGAAGAAAAUUUAGCUUUACCUAGCACAAGUACAGGAUACAGGGGCCAAAGUAAUUCCGCGCUAUUUCGGAUAGCUGAGGUCGACUCGGACGAUGACCAAUCAGUGGGCAGUCGACCUAUAUCGCCAAGAAAUCAAAACGUCAAUGGUGUUCCUAAUAAUUUGAUUAGUAUCGUCCCUACACCCAUCAAUGGAUCACGGGAUUCAUUGGGCGACUCCUUGCGAGUUGAGCCACCGGAAUCUGAAAGCAAUUCGACCCCCCCUCCAGAGCACAGACUGCGUAUGAAUUUGAGAAGAGUAAGACGUAAUGGUAGACUCAGCCUACAACGUUCCGAUUCCAGUGAAUCGCCCCCACCAAAGGAGUCAAUGGACAGAAUGUCUACAGUUGCCGACAGACUCUCACCAAAAGUUCACUAUAACAGAACAGUAGCAAGACUCAUGAACGAGACCAAUGAAAGUGAAUUAGAAAGCAGCUGCAGUACUGAGAGCAGUUUGUGGCCCGCACCCAAUAUGGGCACCCCGGACAGUGGCGUGGGCACCGUUGCAGGAAGCAGCACAAGAGCUUCCCAGCCUCCCGCAGAUGACGUCUCCGAUGACCCUGAAUACCAAACCUUCAAAUUUCGGCAACGCGUCAAAAAAGCCCGUCGAAACUACCGGAAUCAUAUGGAAUCAGACUCCAAC